CACUCACCCGCUUGCUCGCGCGUUCAUACUUCGGAUUUUUGGUAAUAGCGCCCGCUGUCACUCAAUACCAGCCUGGAGCGUUCGUUUGUCAUUAAUGAGUUAUGCACAGCAGAAGCAACGGCAUUUUGCGCAGCUCUCAACCACCUUGCAGAGGCUUGCGCGCGAGCUGGAGCAGACUCGCGAUCUGAUGGAGCAGACAGUUGUUCAACUGAAUGCAAUGGGGAAGUUUAGUGCAUUGCACGCUGCUCAAAUGAUUGCAGUUGAGAAAAUUGAAGAAUAUGUCGAUGAACAUGGUCACUUACCUAGCACGGUCCCCGCGAACAGAAGCACCAAAUCCGCGGGGUCCAUCUAAACUUAACGUCUCGCUGUCCACUGCAGUCGGUUGCAAGCAGCUUUCGUCACUAGCCCUCAAGGAUCUCUUUCAACCAUUCCUAUAAUUGGCCCUCGGAAUGGCGACCCCUCACGAGGAUCCAUUUAGAUAAGAUUUCGAUGCUUCGACUUUGCACCCCAGGAUCGCCGAGAACAGGCACCGCAAACUCUUCAUGGGGCGUGCCGGCUGAUUUGAUCAUACGGUUUUGGCAUGAAUGCCUCUGGUUAUCCUUGAUGUGUAUCUCCUUGCCCUCUGGUUGCAUAUUACGAAUGUUUAUGUGGUACCACAACUAGUACUGUCAGCGACUGGUUAUGUGCCCAAAGAUUUACAAAG